ACACAACAAAAAUCGGCCGCAGUCCUGCUGGGCGCGUUAUACUUACUGAAACUAACGCUGUGAGCAACACGCGAGCCCAUCAAUCGCAUCCAGGCGAGAAAAGGCCGCUUUGGUAGCUACGAGCAGUCAGCACCAUCCCUAAGGUCUAAGCAAUAAAGUUCCACAGCCGCCUUCGGCUCCGGACGACCGCGCGGUAGCCCAAAUCGAUCGCACGCAGCGAAACAAGAAGCAACAUGAGGUUCCUCGAGCGUCUAGGCCUGCAGAAGGCCAAGGACCCGCAGGAGGAGAUGAAAAAAUGGCGCCGCGAAUUAAGGAAAGAGCAGCGCGCGAUGGACCGCGAGAUCUCGAAGCUCGAGCAGAUGGAGCGGAAGUCGCGCGACGAGUGCCGGAAAUACGGGAAGGAAGGCCGCCAGGACGCGUGCAAGAUCGUCGCGCGCGAGAUCGUGCGGACGCGCGCGGCGCGGAACCGGAUGCUCAUGGCGAAGGCCCAGAUCAACUCCGUGAACAUGCAGCUCCAGACGCAGGCGGCCAUGGUGCGCGCCGCGGGCUGCAUGAAGAAGUCGACGGAGGUGAUGCGCUGCAUGAACAAAUUGGUCAAGCUGCCGGAGCUCCAGAAGACGAUGAUGGAGAUGCAGCGCGAGAUGGAGCGGAGCGGGUUGAUCGAGGAGGUGGUCGGCGACGCGCUCGACGAGCUCGACGGCGACGACGUCGAGGAGGAGACCGAGCUGCAGGUCAACAAGGUCGUCGAGGAGCUGGCCGGCGACCUCUUCAAGGGCCAGACCGACGCGCCGGAGACGCUGCCCGAACAGCAGGCCGUGGAGCCCGCGGAAGCCGACGACGACCUGGACACGAUGAAGGCGCGGCUCCAGGCAUUGUGAUAUGUAAUCGUUUUUCGGAUUUUUUG